AUGUUUAAGAGCUAUAAGGACAUCACUGACGUGGUAUCCCUGCUUGUGUAUUGUCCAGCGGAGAGGUCGUAUCUCCUGUGCAAGGAGAGUAAUGGCGAAUACUGGAUACCGUCGAGUAAAAGUGUAAAGAACUGCUGGAAUAUAACAGCGCAUCAGAUGAAUUUUGAGUUAUUCGGAACGGAUGCUCAGUCGCAGUGCCAACCGAUUCGCAUUUAUAAAGUCUGGCUGCCAAACCACCCAAAGGCGUGCGUCUACCACUCCGUGUACAAGGUCUCCGUGAAGUCCGACGUCAAGAAGCGGAUCAAGCUAAGAGCUGGCAUGCGCAAUCGGCUGCAGUGGUUCUCGACCGUGGAGCUGGAGCGACAGCGCGCUCACGCUGGUCUCCGCAGCCCAGAGCUGAUAGUCUUCGCGCAGAUGGCUGUUGGAGACGCGUCCAAGGAUGAAUCUGGCAUGGCGACGGGCGUGCUGGUGGAAAUCUGCGAGGACAGCGUGCUGGUUGGCUCGGAGGCGGCGGGCGGCGCCAGCUCCCUCGCCUCGCCGCACUGCCAGCUGCUGCAGGCCGCGGGCUACUGCAGAGACGAUCAGAUGAGGCUGUACCGCGAGUUCAUGUUGAUGGUGUACCCAGCGCUGUACAUGAGCUCGACGGUUUUUUCGCAGUUCAUGAUCGACCACGGCUGGGAGCGGUCUCAGUGCUCACAUCUGUUUAGGGCAGCGGAUAUAAGCGGUCGCGGGGGUUUGUCGUUCUUGGAGGUGCUGCUGUGGGCGGCAGCUUUGGAGCCGAACACGCAACAUGCUGGCGUGGCUGCGGAAAUGCGAUGCAGAUAUAUUUUCAGAUAUUUCGACAGUAAUCGCGAUCUGAAGCUAGAGUUCGGGGAGUUGAAGGAGUUAAUGGCGGCUGCGCGGUCGGCGCGGCAGUUACCCGUAGACGCACUGAGCGUGGCGAGAGACGCUGACCUUGUUCUUAGACAGCUGGGCUUAGGUUCGAAUUCUUCGCUGUCUAUCUCGGACUUCCUACGCAGCGUGGACGAGCAACAUGUGCGAGGAACUGGUGACUUGCUGCGAGCUCCCUCCAGCCUCGUUGAUUAUCUACGAGAUCUACAAAAGUUUUACAGGGAGCGUGAACUUCAAAGUACAUCGUCUGCAUUAAAACCCGUGGGAAUAAAUCAAGUGGAGGUCAAAGACAACAAGUCGGUGGACACUCUUGAGCGUGCUGGCAGCGACUACGCGCGCGCGCGGGGGACAGCGGGCGAGUACGCGCUGGCCACGUGUGUGGUGCGGCUCGACCCACGGUUUCCCCCGGAGAUGAUGCAUCUUAGCACGUUUGACGAGGACGCAGUCAGCAUCUCGACUGCGCGGCUGCUCUCGGAUUCCAACUCUUUGGAGCAGUUCGACGUCCGCUCGGCUUCCUCCGAAGCAUUCGCUGCCAUACAUCACUUUGCCACGGCCAUCGAUAACACUCCCAAUAGCAAGGAGGCCUACUCGUGGGUGUCGGCGGGCGAGGGCGCGGCGCUGGGCGCACUGCUCCUGCGGCUCGCGGAGGCGGUGCGGCCGCUCUGCAUGAACGAGCCGCGCCUGCUCAGACUCACGUCGCCCGUCUACGCGAUCGGCGACUUGCACGGCAACCUCGCGGCGCUGCUGGCGAUGGCAGCCGCGCUGUGGCCCAGCGGCCCGGCGCUGGUGCCCGCCACGCUGCUGUUCCUGGGAGACUACGUGGACCGCGGGCCGCACGGCGCGGAGUUGAUGGCCUAUUUGUUCGCCGCCAAGCUGCAGAGGCCGGACUCCGUUUACCUGAUCCGAGGGAACCACGAAACUCGGGAUAUCCAGAAAAUGUUCACUUUUCAUACAGAGUGUAUAGCCAAAUACGGUGAGGUCGAAGGAGCGCAUAUAUGGAACGCCAUUAACCAUGUGUUCGACGUGCUGGCUUUAGCGGCGGUGGUUGAUGAUAAGGUGUUCUGCUGCCACGGCGGGAUCCCGCCGCCCUGGGUGUGUCCGCUCGUGUCCGCGAUCGACAAGAUCCCCACGCCGCUGCCGCGACCCCACGACCAGAGCGCUAUCGCCUGGGAGCUGCUGUGGAACGAUCCUGUCAAGGCAAAUAAAAUAACAGCAACGUUGGCGCUGGAGCUGGCGGCCAACGAUGGGUUCGCGGCCAACGCGCGGCGCGGCGCCGGCCACGUGUUCGACGCGCGCGCGCUCGAGCGCUUCCUGCGCGCCAACCGCCUCGCGCUCGUGCUGCGCGCGCACGAGCUGCACCCGCACGGCUUCAUGUGCGGGCAGCGCGGGCGCCUCGUGUCGGUGUUCUCGUCGUCGCGUUACUGCGGCGGCGCCAACGAGUCGUGCGUGGCGCUGCUACGUCACGCCCGCCUUCGCCUGCUCAGCGUGUCCGACUGACGCGCACCAGCCCUUAUCCUCGGAGCCCU